AUGGUGUACUUGCACGUAUGUUUGUUGCAUGGAUCUCAGUCAGCUUUGGCGUUGGUAGACCGUGGAUGCAGUUAUAUAAACCUUGUAAACAUGAUUAUGUCAGAGUUCAGCUUGAAUCCGACCAAGGUAGCAGUAUCAUUGAAGUAUAUACUCAACGACGAUUUGCUUGCAAUCAGGAUAAAAAAUGACAGCAACGUGCUUGCAUACAUUCUGUUGAAAGAAGUCGAUCGUGAUCCAGCUAAAUACCCAUUAAUCAUUGACUUAAUUGAUGCAGUAAUGCAGUACCCGUCUGACAUGGUCACAGAUAAUGCUUAUUGUAACAGUGAGCUUUAUACGUUGCAGGAUGUGGCCACAGAAAUUUGCGAAGCAUCAAGUAAACAUUUAGGUCACAUUUGUGACAAUGAAGUCACGAUUGUUUCUAUAGCAGAUGCUAUUCAGGUCGAAGAAGGCAGGAUUUUCCGUGAUAAGGAUAUUUUAAAAUUGAGCCUAUCGUUUUUUGCCAUACGAAAUAUGUUUGAGUUUAUGGUUGAACGAUCCGACAAGAAAGAAUAUGUGGUGAGGUGUUCUCAUGAAGGAUGUACUUGGAUAUGCCGAUCGUCAAAAUGGGGUAAAACAAAUCUAUUUAAGAUUCGAAAGAUUGGUAGUUACACAUGUGCAUCAAAUGUGGUGUUGGGGUCACACAGACAAGUAUCAGCUGGAGUUGUGUCAUCUAGCAUUAAGUACAAGUACACAUCGACUGGCACCAUAUACACACCAGAGGACAUAUGCAGUGAUAUGCUACAUACGUUUGGAGUAUAUUUGAAUUACUCAAAAGCUUGGAGGUCCCGUGAACAAACAUUGAAGAUGAUUAGGGGUGAUCCGACGGAAUCAUUCGGUAGGAUACCCAGCUUCUUCUACAUGGUUCGACAAAGAAAUCCUGGUACGGUCACAGAGUUGGAGGUCGAUAGUCAUAAUAGGUUCAAGCUCGUAAUUGUCGUUGACGGUACUUAUUUGAAUGGUCAUUACGGAGGUACCCUAUUCACAGCAUGUACACAGGAUGCAAAUAAUGGCAUAUUUGUUCUUGCCUUUGGAGUAGGGGAUAAUGAGAACGAUAAAUCGUGGAGAUGGUUUUUGGAGAAACUGAAGAAUGCAUAUGGGCACAGAGAAGGAUUAUGUUUUGUAUCGGACCGUCAUGGCAAUAUAAAGAAAGCAAUAGAACAGGUGUACCCGGAAAGUUGCCAUGGUAUCUGCUCGUACCAUUUGCUGCAGAAUCUCAAAUCAUAUUAUGGGAAAUCAGAGCAAAAUAUUAUGCAAGCUUUCAAUUCGGCUGUCCGGGCUUACACAUUAGAAGAAUUUGAAUACAACAUGCAACAACUAGACGCAAUGAAUGAUAAGAUUCAUGAUUGCCUGGCAAACAGAUACUCUACAAUGAUAUCAAACAUUAUAGAAUCAGUAAAUGCGGUCACAAAGGCAGUUAAGAAUUACCCCAUUGUAUUCUUGCUGGAGUCAUUGCGACAAACAGUGUCUGUGACAUGGAAUGUAUCUCCUUCCAACCAAACAGUGUUCUCCGUGAGCGAUGAAAGGUCCACAUUUGUUGUUGAUAUUGAGCAACGUACAUGUACUUGCAGGAUGCUGCAGGUCGAUUUGAUGCCUUGUCCACAUGCAUCGACUAUAAUCGCACAUACGAAAAGGGAUGCAUAUUCUUACUGUUCCUAUUAUUACACAAAGGAAGCAUAUGUAAAUGCUUACGAAAGUUCGGUAUAUCCUGUUGGAAAUCCAGACGAGUGGAGAGUGCCCGAUGAAGUAGAAUUCCAAAUUGUUUUAGCUUCUAACCAAAAGUGGAGUUCUGGAAGACCUACUGAGAAUAGGAAGAGAUCAUCUAGGGAAGGGAAACCAAAAGUAAGAUGUGGACGUUGUGGUGCACAUGGUCACAACCGCAGGAGGUGCUUAAGUUUGGUCCCAUUAAGUAAGAACGGUUGA